CUUUGGUUCUAAGGGGAAAACAGACAAGACAAGCUUCAUGCUAUCGUGCACAGUAGAGAUAAUACAAAACAAACAAAUUGAGAAUUUACGAAGUGUUGAAGUCAGAAAUGGAAACAUACUCAAAAAUUUUCCCUGAUGAAAAUAAUCAUCUCAGAGUAAAGAUGGAAAUGGGAGAAGCUGAUGAUAGCUAUGAAAAAGGAAACUCAUUUGACUUGGAUUUUCAAUACACGAUUGAGGAUAAAAAGAAUGAAAUCAUGGAUAUUGUUCAGCAUUACACUGAUGAGAAUGGAAUGAGAUCGUCUCUUGAAUAUGAAAGAGGACAAUUUGCUUUCAACCAGAAAAGCAAUGUCGAUGGGCAUAUAGAUGCUGUCCAUUUGAAUAAAAAAGAACAUACAUGUCACUUAUGUGAGUUUGCAGCCAAUCAGAAAUAUGACCUCAAAAAACAUAUAGAUUAUGUCCAUUUGAAUAAAAAAGAACAUAAAUGUCACUUAUGUGAUUAUGCAGCCAAUCAGAAAAAUAACCUCAAAAUGCAUAUAGAUUCUUUCCAUUUGAAUAAAAAACAACAUAAAUGUCACUUAUGUGAGUUUGCAGCCAAUCAGAAACAUGGCCUCAAAAGUCAUAUAGAUUUUGUCCAUUUGAAUAAAAAAGAACAUAAAUGUCACUUAUGUGAGUAUGCAACCAAUCAGAAAAGUAACCUCAAAAAGCAUAUAGAUUCCGUCCAUUUGAAUAAAAGAGAACAUAAAUGUCACUUAUGCAUAUAG